UCGUGACGGUCAAGCUCUCACGGACUCACUAAUCAGUUGACAUAUGCCUUCCUCGUCAUAUUGACAUUACGACAUUUUUAUAUCACUUUUAUUGUUGGUCUUUGCGUCCAUUAUGGCUGACGAAUCGGACUCACAAAGUGCUGCUUAACCAUGUCAUAAGGUGUGUAUUGUACUAAUUGGAUAUGAGAGGAUGAGCCAUGGAAUCACGAAGCGCGCCGCCGAGCCCCGACGAGCCCGGGGAGGCGGUGUACGACAGUCGGUGUGGACGGUACCCACACCCUCCUACUCUGCAGCGGACCUUCGCCAGCUGCCGCGAGAGCACGCGACCGCGCCCUCAUCACCGUCAUGCCACAUCAGAACCCGCGCGACCAGACGACCACGUGCAGCAGUCGUUCGUCACAGCAGAGGUUCACGACUACCCGUCCUCAGAAUCCGGCAUCGCUGCCGACUGUCCCCAUGCUCAUACUAGCAAUGCUGAUGACAGCCCUUCUUAUGAUCGCUCGGACUUUGAAGGAAAUUCCAGCUACAGUUUGAGGCACACUCCUGAUUAUCACCAUACGCUUGAUUGCAAGCACAGGCCUAUUGAUUACAAUCGUAGCCACACACCUGAUUACAAUCAUGGCCAUGGAUCAGACUGUGACCGAGCACACGGACGCUCACAAACAUCACGCCGACCGCAUAGGAAGCACAGGCGCGAGGAAGACGAUGGUGCACAGUCACUUGAUGAACGAUGUGCCAGAGAUCUGGAUGAAAUCCUUCCAGCGAGGCUCGCCGCAGUUAAUCUAUCUAGAGAGCCUCCACCUCAGACCUGGAACAGGAGCAAUAUUGCAGCAACUAUGGAACGAUUUGAACCAGUUGAUUACUCUUAUGCUUACUACGACCAUCACCUAUCAAUGCCUUCAUCAUCAAGAAAAGUAAACCGUCAGCGAGGUAGAGGCGGUAUACCGCGAGAUCGGUCGUCUCGACACAACUAUGUCACUAGAUAUGGCACCGAAGAGAACAUUUAUGAAGAAAUCACAGAUGGCUCUAGAACGUGUCCCAAACAUCGAUACGCGCCACGUCAGUCACUAGUUUCUUUAGAUAGAAGUGUUGUCGAGGAGGAAGUUCGUCGGGUAGAAUCGAGGCACAAACGAAUUUUGGGCGAAUUGAAUCUUAGUGUAGAAGCAAUGCUGAUGCCGGAAUGCGAAUCUCCCGAUUCGGAGCGUGCAGAAGACAGAGACAAUAUCGAGGAAUUGUUGCGAGUUGGUCCGACGGACGAGUUACUCUCGCCGGCAAGUUGUAAUCCACCAGACUUAGACAGCGGGUUUAGUGGCAGCAGUAGCGGGGCAAGUUAUGUAGGUAGUUUGCGCCGUAAACCGACGGGAUCAGUGCCGCACUUGCCUGCUGUGGCGUACGGCACGCGUGGAGCCGGCGUGCGGAUCCUCGGUGCUGAAGAGUGUGGCUUGCGAUGUCCCAAGGAUAUACCAUCUCCACGUAGUUCCAGCUGUGGAGAUGCCAAAACUAGCGGGUUUUGGAACAAAAAGGCGUGGAAGAAAAUAUCAGGUUUCUCUAGUUCUAACAGCAUCAACAAAGCUGGAUUAACUGGUCUGCUCGUUAGGUACACUUUCCGGCGUAAGUCCGGCUCGCAGGGCUCUCAGGGCAAGCGGCGUGCCGAGCCCGUCAAAUGCGAUGCGUGCCUCUCACAACGAUGUUAGCCGCUCUACGAUGACGCGUGUAGGCCAAGCAGAGCUAAAUCCAGAACAGCCACUAUACCAUACAGCUACUCCAACGGAAAACUGGUGGUGCCGCUGGAUUCCCUAGCACAGAGCUGAGGGGCCAGUCCCCCGAGGCAUUCCCGCCUCCAACUCCUCCGAGGGACUCCUCAACGCCGCAGGACAACGCUGAACACAUAAUACGAAAGAUGUUUUUCUUAAAUCGAUCGUGUCACACUGAACAGAAACAUUCCAUUUGAGCCCGACAACGGGCGCCAUUAGAUUGUCGACACCUCAGCGAGUCUCAAAGACAAACUGUUCGAAGGUGUACCCAGUGUAAAUAUAGUGAACAGACAUUGAAAUGUUACUGUAGGACAAGCGAGGAGAGUAUACGUCGAAGUGAUAGAAACGCCUAAAUUAAUUAUUCGUAUUGUUAUAACGAUCGUUUCAUAGAAACGUAAUGACUACAUUGUUGUUACUUAUCAAUUUUUAGUAGUUAAUAGGUACAUGAAAAGGCUGACAAAGUUGAAACCGAUUUUGUAAAUGAUAUGAAGCUGCCAUGUUAGCUAAUACUUCAGUUUUGUCUACCAGUUUGGCGUUUAUCUGCGAUUUUUCUAUAUCAAAAAUAUUAGAUAUAAAAGUAAUUCGAUAUAAGAAAAUUUAUAACUCUAAAAGCUACAGAUCUUUGCCCAAAACAUGGUGCUUGAUAUAACAUUACUGGAACAGCUGUCACUGCGUUAUUUACUGAUCGUGUAAAUAACUUCAUGACCCGAGCUACAAGAAUUGUAAGGUCCAAUCUAUUUAUUUCCAACAUCCAAGUAUGUGUAAAUUCAUUUGUUUCAUAAAAGUUUUAAACGUUUAUCUCAUUCGGUAAAACUAUUGUUAAUAAUUGUUAGUUGAUAGUAAUUGUAUAUUUUGUAAAUACAUGCGAAAAAUAUGGUGCACUAUUUGGUUUAUAAUUUAUGUAAAUAAAUAUGAAUGUAUGUAUACAGUCACAGUCGUACGCUUUAACUAUAUUUUACAUGCAUUUCUCGUAAACAGUUGAGUGUCCUCGUAAAUAAGAAUUUGAAUAAAAUAUCAGUAAUAUUGUGUUUUGUUUCGUGGGAUAUUA